GCUAUACGCCGGACGCCAUUUUAAAGCCUGAUAUAUAUAUUAUAUAUAUGCACACUUAUGUACCAUGCACGUUCACCUGAAACACGUUGAAGAUUGUGGAAAUGGAGUAUAUCCUGGUGCGAAUAUGCUGAAAGCAUAGUGAGGAAGAGGAUGACGAAGACGAAGAAUCGAAUUAUAAGGAUGCAAAUGAAUUAAGCAUAUAUGAAUCUACGUGCUGACGUAUAUAUUUAUAUGUGUGUGUAUAUAUAUAUAGAUAUAUCCUGGGCGUCGUCUUCUUGUAGGAUGCCCUACAUAGACUAGUUAGUGCGUGCCGAAUUACGCAAUUAACGGCUAUGAUAUAUGUACAUCUCGUAUAGGUUAUGUUCCAAGGCGCAGCGUGUCUCCCCAAUUGUAGGUCGGUGCGAUUCUAGAGAAGAAAUAACGGAAUGUGCGAUAAGUGAUAAGGAUUAAUAUUGAGAGGGUGCUGAAAAGCUUAACUAUACGCACUCACUGCACGCAGAGGCACAAGAAGUUAUCUGUACCUAUGGUGGAGGAAUUUUGGAUUCUGGUUGAUAUAAACGCGUAAUUGCUAAUACGUUAGCAGUUACGGUUUUGUUGACGUUGAAUUUUGUGAACAUAUCUCAAGACGGCCAAUGAUUGGUUAAGGAGAAGGGUUAAAGAAAAUUUAAAGAAAGGAUAUAUGCAUGGAGCUCUCUGGUGUGUCACUCGUUCGGUAUUGUAAAACUGGUAUUUAUGGUAAACUGUAUCUAGGAUUUUAAUUAAGCCGUUAUCCAUAGUCUACGUGGUACAUCGGAAUUACAGUUUACCAGGAAUCCGUUGCCUCGUUGACAACUGUACAAAUUCGACGGCGAUCCAAGAACGACGCCUGUCCACGAUCACCAAAUUGUAUCGCUGGGUAUCAAAGAAUUGAGAAUGAGCAACAGAGUAUCACCGACCGCGCAUCACCUCCCGGAGGAAGCGUAUCUUCAGCUCUAGCAAUGUUAUCUCGUUGAUCGUUACAUCGGUAUAUUUUAUGAAUACGCAAAUCGAGUAAUAAACCCGUUUGCUUUAUCAGGUGACUAAUGCGAUUCUUAAAUAUCCCGCAGGAAUUCCAUGUCCUGUGCCUUGUAUCCUGAGAAUUGAUUCAAAAACUUGGUAUUUACCAGUAAGAACGCCGUGAGAUCUGUUUUACCCGCUGUAGUAAUUAUUCAAUUAGUGCAGGCCUGAAAUCGCAGAUGGCGCUGCGGUGUAGUUCCAAAUUAUUACAGUAGUAGAGAAGAGAAGAUAUCUGACGUUUCCCAAUGGCUCACUAUGUCGUGGACACUCCUAGCCCUCCUGAACUCCUGACAGAUAGGUAUAAUAAGCCCGAGAGGCGCGCUUACCGCUGGUAAAAGCACGUGCGCGGACCUGGAUCGCCCGGGCGAUGCGGCACGCUCGCAGGGCGCGCAGGAGCAGUCGGGAUAGUGCACGCAGGACACGAGGAUCAUCUUCCUCCGCGAUAUCCUGAGAAUAAAGUUUACCGAGCAGAUACGAGGUGGAUACCAACGAGACUGAGGACACGCGCUCAGCGCGUUCGAGCGGUUCGGAAAUGCGUCGACCGCUGAUCCGUCACCUCUCCGAGGGAGGUGCAGCUAACAGGUCAAAGGUCCCCGUAGUAGUUGGCUACGGGAACAGCCGUGACUAUCAUCAUCAUCUUUCGAGCUGCGACCUCCUGAAGGUGCCCACGAUUAACGUGGGUGGUAUCCUGGCACCAUCCUCACCUACGGAGACACCAAUCUCACUCAGCACUACGUUCCACAGGAGGCAGCAGCUGGAUCAGUCAGUCUACUGCAAUUCUCAGGCGCGUCGCGACGACUCCAAUGGACGCGGUGAUAAUUCUGAGAAAGUCAAGGGAACCACGCAGGAUCUCUUUGAACUUCUUGAGAGAGCACAGAGCUCGCGAUUGGACGAUCAAAGAUGCGUAUUACCACCGUACGGUUCACGAGCAUCACGGGAGGAGAGGCCAACCUCGAGUCCUGGACAGACCCUAACGCCGAGCCCUUCGCCGUCGCCAGUUGGAGAUGCACCCCUCGGCCGGGCCCUUAUGGAAGCUGCCAUUCAGCAGGCAGGCUCGGGUACACAGCAACCGCCACCCCUCGUGGUCACACCACCAGGAUAUUGGGUCGAUGGUACCGACCAUAGGCACAGCCUGGACUCUGCCGGAAGGGCACUAUUACCAGCCCAACCAGCUUGGCAACCCACGGUAGAUCAGGAUGACACUGCCAAGUGUUACAGACGCUUUUUCGUCGGCAGGGAACACGUUAAUCUCGUGGGAAGGGACAGCGAGAAUGGGCCUGUUCUCGUAUCCGUCAAAGCCGAGACUGUUGCUGGUCAGGAACACUGGCGUGUUUUGCUACGGCUGCGUGCUGGCUCGACCCAUGAUCUUGUUCCUGCUUCCAACCUGGGACCGAAUCCUUCACCGGCGAAGAUGGUGAAGGUAUUAACGAUGCCGCAGGUGAUAAACGAGUCGCUGAACGUGAGCACCCUGAUGCCGGUUGUUUGCUCCGGUGCGGGCACCCUGAUAGCCCGGUACGACGAGCACGCACUCGUCUCCAGGUUCAAGUUUGGAGUGCUGCACCAGCGUCUCGGACAGGUCACCGAGGAACAGCUCUUUGGGAAUCGACAGAUUACACCAGCGUUUCAGGAGUUCCUGGACUUGUUGGGACAGAGGAUAGACCUCAAAGAUCACAAGGGGUAUCGCGGAGGUUUAGAUACCAGACAUGGACAGACUGGGGACUCUGCCGUUUAUGAAGUCUUUCGUGGUAGGGAGGUCCUUUUCCACGUGGCCUCCUUACUUCCUUACAGUCCUGGUGAUUCGCAACAGCUGCAACGCAAAAGGCAUAUUGGCAAUGACAUCGUUGCUGUGAUAUUCCAGGAGGAGGCUACGCCAUUUAGCCCUGACAUGAUUGCCAGCCAUUUUCUUCACGCAUUCAUAGUCGUCCAGGUCAUCGAUCCUUGCACACCGAAUACUAGGUACAAGGUUAGCAUAACGGCCAGGGAUGACGUUCCGUGGUUCGGACCAUCCUUACCUACCCCCGCUGUCUUCCUCAGAGGUGUUGAAUUUAAGGAGUUUCUCUUGACUAAGUUGGUCAACGCCGAAAAUGCUGCCUACAAGGCAGAGAAGUUUGCCAAGCUUGAGUUACGAACACGGUCAGCACUCUUGGAGUCUCUUACGGAAGAGCUGCAGACCAAGACCAGCGAGUUCCUGGGCGGUGGAGUGGGCGGUGCUACGUGUCCAGUGAGUCCUACCACGAGUGACGCCUCGACUUCCGGUAGCGGCGGAAGUGGUUCCAGAUUCAUCGAUACCGUACGAAAGGCUCUAAUAUCGCGGGUGCGAAAUGCAUCGACCGAGAGUGUACCUCAGCAAUUGGCAAAAAAAGGACCUUCCGAACCAAGUCCUCCCAGCAAUCGUUCCGCAUCGAAGACCGGGAAGCGUUCCGUCGAGCCAGCCAGUCCCUUGAGCUCACCUGAUCUCACCUUGAGAAGGGAUUCCGAUCGCGGUAGUCCAAGUCUAGGUAGUCAAGAUAGUAGUUUGUCGAACUUGGAUAAUCAAGAGAGCAGCAUAACGACAUUGCAGCAGGAGGAUCAAGUGGAACGACGUGAAAUCGCCGCUAACAACACCACGGAGAAGACGUCCUACCAACGUUUAACCCAUGAAAAUCUUCAUAAACGAGAAGGAGGAUGUCUGCGCGACAGGACAGAGAAACUAGAAACUCACAGAGUCGUUUCUGAGAGCGAUGACAGCUCCUUGAACAGCGAACUCGAGCUUGAUCAAGCUGUCUAUCCGGAUAGCGACACGGGUCUUGAAUCCAUGAGUUCAGCCGAGACUCAUGACACUACCACACGGUGUACGGCUAAGGAUGGUACGGAGAAUGAGACUUUACGUAUGGAGGUCACAAGACUCAAGUGCGAUAAGUUGGACUUGUUAAGGCAGAACGUGACUUGUCAACGAGAUAUAAAACGCCUCCGUGAAAAAGAACUUCAGCUACAGGCCGACCUGGCCACUGCGUCCAAGGAGAUUCUACGACUCCGGGCAAUGCUGAAAGAGUGCUCGACGAGCAUCCCCUUGGAUAACAAUAACCAACAAACGUCCACUGUUUGAAGCUACAAGCCCCCACGAGUCUAACCGUUUAGCUUCUAUAGUAUAAGUGUAAGGUAGGUUUUGGCUCCUUCCUUGGACCACUGUCGCAUUUUGAAACACCAUGUAGUUAGGUAUCUUAAAGCGAGUCCUAGGUAUAAGUUUUGCUAAUCCCAGGAGCGCCAUUUUUUUUAUUCUAAACACCACGAAUCGGGACGUCUUAUGGUUUCCAUUUAGAGCCUAACCUUUCUGGUACCUUGCGGGUUACUCUAAAAUAGUGAAUAGUGGAGGUUGGUACAAAUUCGAUAAGUCGUCUAAUUACUUUAGUUGCUCGUGGAGAAGAUAGAGAGGCGGCUCGGAAGGACCCUUGGACAAUGAUAGAGAGGAAGAGGAUGAAGAGCAUGAAGAUGAUAAAAAGAAAAUGGCACAUUAAAAUGUGAAUUAUCCAUUGGUAUUUAUAAAGAAAGGUCUAAAGAAAACCGCGAAAGCACUUGUCCAGCCGACAUCUAAAUUAUUUAUCAUUAAUUUAUUUACCUAGACCGUAAGCAGGUGCCCCGUUUCUCUUUUAUCUAUCUCGUAAUAGUCAGUGUACACUAUGUAGAGAAGAAGCGCUCUGAUGCAUCUUGUCAUUACGAUUUUAGUCAGUUGUAAAAGCGAACGAGGCGAAUGAACAUCUAAGUAUAAAUAGCACUAGGUCUUUAAUAGAAUAAUCAAAGAGUCGAUCGAUCUGUAACGCGUUUCAGAGAGAACAGAUCCUAAAGUCUUAAGGACAGUAUGGACAUUUAAAGUUCAUUUUCAGUCUAAAAAAUUAUUAUAGAACCUUUGCAAUAAUUGGAUAGCCCUCUCUCUUUCUCUUCCUAGAAUGAUUCUAAUUAGUUUCUUAUCAAGAAAACGAGGAACAUUUCAAUGUUGAUUCUCUUUAGAUAAGCUUGGUCCCUCUAAUUACUGGGUCGUUAGUGGAGGUGACUAUUAAAAAAAAAAAAAAAAAAAACGACAAAUUAGAGCUACACCAAAUUGUAUUAGCGUUUAGUGCGAGUAAAGGUAAUGCAAGAAGUACAGAGAUCCAGGACGAUUUUGCUUAUACCUAUCUCUAUGCGUUCGUGUCAUAUAUCAAACAGACACCUGCUCUCCUGUAUAAACAGAUUAGAUUGCAAGGGGAUGGCAGGAGGAGGAGGCCAAACGUCGCAAUAACGAAUGUCAAUGGUUACCAGAAAAUUAUAUUCUCUCACUUGUGCAAACCGGCGCGUAGGAAACUUGCGUGAGUGUAAACACGCUCUGUUUUUUCUUCUGCAUAUGCGAACAGCAGUGUUUUCCAUGCGCGCCAUUACGGUACCAAGAUAUUGUACGUUUCUCAUGUGCCUAUGGCACUUCACUUGCGUACACACGUUUCUAAAAGCGACACAAUGUCUCACGUUCUUUCUUACUACUCGAGUACUUUUACAAUAUCUGCAUAGACAUGUUUAUAAAUAAUAAGCAUAACGUCGUCCUGGCGUCUACUUGUCAGCGAGCCCACGUUCUUUUGUUUAUAAUUUUUUUGUUACAUUCUCUCUCUCUCUCUCUCUCUCUCUCUCUCUCUCUCUCUCUUUGUUUUCUUAACUUACUGUACAUACAACUUAUCCUCGUCUAAUUUAGUUAACUCGAGUUCACCGUUAGUGACACUCAGAGAUUCGUGGAGAAGACUCGCGCACGACCAUACCAAAGCUUAAGCGUAGUGUAAAAAGUAAAUGGUGUCAAGAAGGAAUAAAUAAGGAGGAAGCCAUUGUCAGACAUGCGGUUGUUGAGUUGAAAUUUAUCUUGUGGACUCACGUAUGCACGCAUGCAUAUCGUAUGUAGGUAGUAGCUUCAUAAUUACGUUGCGAAGUUAUUUAUGUAUUUUUUUUUCUCUCAUAUGGAUUCUGCAUAUUAUUUUUUACUCUUGUCAUGGCUCUCUUUUUCUUCAUUCUUGUCCGCUUACCGUUUACUUUCCUCCUUCAUUUACUUUUUUCUCUUUUAUGUUAUUAAUAUUAUUAUUAUUAUCAACCGCAGUGCACAACGCUCACCGCGUCUCGAGCUUACACGUUCUUCCUUGCGAUUGGACAUUUUAUAUAAGUAAUAUAUAAUAAUGUUGUAAUUGAGAGCACGCUUUUCCGAUUAAGUACAUUUAACUGCAUACUCUGUACGCUGUCAAUUAUUCAGCACCAUUGUGGACUUCUUCGUGAGACACCAGUUUAUUAUCGAGACACACCACUGCCUAUGAUAACAAAAAAAAAAGUAAAGAAACCGUGACUCUGUGUGUCUUGCUACUGCGCGGCGCGUCGUCCUUGUAAAUAAUAUGACGAAGAAAAGAAGGAAGCGAAUGGAAAAAUACUUUUCUCAAUCCACACGUUUCGAUGCGACUCUGAUUACGCGAUGAGGAUGAAAAAAAAAAACAGGCAGAAUCGCUAUGUAUGUGAGAUGAAUACGAAACAAGGAUGCUGUGAAUGUAUUUAGUGUCUUGAUCCUUGGACCCGCGUAUCCGAGCCGUAUCGAAUUUGUGCUACGUAAAACAGGAAAAAUAGUAUGCUGUAUUAUUUUUAAUGAAUGUAUAUAAUAAUACUUAGGAGGAUAGUCGUUUUGCUAUGGCUCGAUGGACGAGGCCUGUCUCUUUGUUCAUGAGUAAGAUGAAAAACAAAAGGAAAGAUCUAAACUAAGUUUACCAUUUCUAGUGUGAUUUCUACUGCUGGCCUUGCAAAAUCAAAGAAAGAUUUACCUAUUAUAUGAAAAGAGAUAUGCAUUAUUAAUUAUUAUAUCGUGAGAGAAGAUUACUACUAUAUAUAUAAAUAUAUAUAUUUUAUAUUUAAUAUUAAUCGCGCGAAUCUGACUAACCGAUUAUUUCCGCAGAAACCAAUUAUUCUUCUGAUACUGAAAUAGGAAAGUAUGUUUUCUUAUGAUUGGUAUUUGAGUAUGAAUUAUUCUGUUUUACCCUUGUGCCCCAGCUGCGAGCUCGACACGCCGCAGUUAAUAAAGUUCGCCAAUAAAUAAAAUGAUACAAAUAA